AUGGGUCUGUCGAGUUACUUUAGAGCCGAGAGGCCUAAGGAGAAUACGAAGAAGAUAGUGACAUCACCCACGCCAGCAGCGGAACUCUUCGCCGGGACGGGACAUUCAAGUCCACCGGGUAUAGAUGAGUAUGGGCUCCAUCUUCCGCCUUCAAACUUUGGCUCGUCCAGAGGGUCAAUCUCCGAGCGUUCAGUCAAUAGCUCAGUCUUCCUAGACGACAUCAAGCAUGAGGUGAUGGUCAAUUACUUGUACCAACAGCAAUGCGCGCACCUGUGGGUUAGCGAUGGGAGCGGUGAUGUGGAGGGUGUUCUCCUUCGCAAAUCAAAGGGAACGUAUAUGGCCUGCCCUCCCGCCUUAGGAGAUUCGACUUUUGCGAUGGCUUGUGCCGCUCUCAACGUUCAGUGCGCGAUGACGGUAAACUCGAGAGUAAUCAAAACUUUCUUAUCGUGGUCCCCCGAGGCAGUCGAUGUACCGUUGAUGAACGGUCUUCGGAUUCAGAUCUUGCCGACACUCCAUGACCUAGCAAGAGCGAGGAAGCAUCAAUUUGCCGCCUUUGUCGCAUCAGAGGCAUUACUUAUCGUCUGGGACGAUGAUGCGCUACACCUUGUUCAACGAGCCAAAGCUAUCGAGUCCGAGUUGAUGGAGCUCGUCUGGCAGAGUGGCGAGGUCGGCGACGACGAUGGAGAGAAAGGUCCCGGAUAUCUAACCGAGGAAGUCGAAAUAGACGAGGAGAGUGGGCAGAUCAAGCCCGAGAAGCGACCAAUCCAUCUCCUAAAUACAUAUCUCGUCUCUAUCGUCAUAGUAUUGGUCACCGUUUCAUUGGGGGCUGCUUGGAGACAGCUUGCCAUCGAGGUAAACGUCGACAACGGUUGGGCGCGUUUGGGUCUGGUGGCCCUCUUCCCAAUUCAGGUCUUCUUUUCUCUCUUCUUUGCCCAGGUGAUGGUCGGUUGCUUGGCUCAAAUCUUUGGCCCCAUCCGCCAACUUACCAUCAACUCCAAAUUCUACUCCGCCCGGCCGCCGCCGAGGUUACGGACUCCGACUUUACCACAUGUUACCGUACAAUGUCCAGUUUAUAAGGAAGGUCUCGCGGCAGUAAUUCAGCCCACCGUCCGAUCAAUAAAACAAGCCAUCAGCACCUAUGAGCUGCAAGGCGGUUCCGCAAACCUGUUUAUCAAUGACGAUGGCCUGCAACUCAUCUCCGAGGAAGAGCGACGAGCUCGUAUCGACUUCUACGCCGACCAUAGCAUCGGUUGGGUUGCUCGUCCUAGGCACGGCGAGAACGGGUUCCUGCGCCGCGGCAAGUUCAAGAAGGCAUCGAACAUGAACUUCGCGCUUAUGAUUUCUUGUAAAGUCGAGGAGAAGCUCUCCCUGUACGAUCGUGGCCCCGAAUGGUCCCAAGCCGACGAAGCUUUAGCAUAUGAAAGAUCAUUGAAGGAAGUGCUUGAAGAGGAUGGGCGAGCCUGGGCCGACGGCAACGUUCGCGUCGGCGACUAUAUCCUUAUUAUCGACUCCGACACGCGUGUUCCUUCUGAUUGCCUCUUGGAUGCCGUUUCUGAAAUGGAACAGUCCCCUGACGUCGGCAUCAUGCAGUUCUCGUCUGGCGUUAUGCAAGUCGUCCACACCUAUUUCGAGAAUGGUAUUACCUUCUUUACCAAUCUCAUAUACAGCGCCAUCAGAUAUACGGUGUCCAACGGUGAUGUCGCCCCUUUCGUCGGCCACAACGCCAUUUUACGAUGGAGUGCUAUCCAGCAAGUCUCAUACGAAGAUGAGGAUGGCUACGAGAAGUUCUGGUCCGAGUCGCAUGUUUCCGAGGACUUCGACAUGUCUCUUCGUCUACAAUGCAGUGGCUACAUCAUACGGCUCGCCGCCUGGGCCGGCGAAGGAUUUAAAGAAGGCGUGUCCUUAACCGUGUACGACGAACUAGCUCGAUGGGAAAAGUAUGCGUACGGCUGCAACGAGUUACUCUUCCAUCCGAUCCGCAAGUGGAUAUGGAAAGGUCCGUUCACGCCUUUAUUCCGCCGAUUCCUCUUCUCCAACAUUCGCUUCACGUCGAAGGUCACCAUCAUCUCAUACAUCGGUACUUACUACGCUAUCGGAGCCGCGUGGAUCAUGACAUCCGUCAACUACUUCAUCAUGGGAUGGUUUAACGGCUACUUGGACAAGUAUUACAUCGACUCUUGGCAGGUCUGGUUUUCCAUCAUCAUCGUCUUCAACGGCCUCGGCAACGUUGCACUGGCCGUCAUGCGGUACCGGGUUGGAGAGCGCACGCUCAUGUACGCGAUCUACGAAAACUUCAAGUGGACGUUCCUCCUAGCCAUUUUCUUGGGCGGCCUCUCUCUACACGUGAGCCAAGCCAUAUUGGCCCACAUGUUCGAAAUCGACAUGACCUGGGGCGCGACGUCGAAGGAGGCCGAGUUCUCUAACUUCUUCAUCGAAGUCCCUAAGGUGCUGAAGAAGUUCAAGUUUUCCAUGCUCUUCUCCCUACUCUUCAUCGUAGGUAUGGUCGUCAUAGCCGUCGCGCCCAUCGUUCCCCACAACUGGCGCAUUACGGACUUUGUGGCCAUCCUCCCUAUGGCAACUGUCGCAAGUAGUCAUUUCCUAUUACCUCUUGCCUUGAAUCCCGCGCUCAUGACUUUUUCGUGGUAA